UCAAAAUUUCGCAACAAAAGUGGAUUGAGCCUAAAAAAAUGUUUUAUAAAGCGUAAGAUUCGUAAAGUGUUUCAUCUUUUCAUUCUUACGAUUGGAAAAUUCUCAAUUAAAGUGUACCAGACUAUUAUCUUACUUGUGUAGUGAUCGGCUAUGAAUAGCUGCCGAAAUUAUUGAAUAGUGACGAGCAUAAUUUGCUCACAGAAAAAAACGCUUUCCAAUUUUCCACCAUUUUCACGUCACCUUUUUCACUUCGAUCUGAUCGAGAGAGAAAAAAUUCGACAAUUUUACCUCCAAUCACUAAAAAGAGCAUGAACAAAUUACCAAAAUGAGUUCGUCGGAAAGCGAUAAGAUUCAAGUGAACAAAACCAAUAUUUUUCCAAUGGAUUUGGCUCCAAAAAUCGGUAACAUCGCCCUGGUGAAGCCAAGUGAUGGCAAAGGAGCUACCGUUCAAACUCCACAAACGUUUAGAACAAUUAGUCAACAGGGCGGUCAAAUGAGAAUAGUUAUGCCUGGGCAAACAACUGCCGGACAAAUCAUUCAAACUCACAUCAUGCCACAAACGAUGAUAAAACAAGUUGACGCAUCCGGACGAACACAACUCACGGCUUUGCCUUCGCGGACGUUGACACAAGCUUCGAUUGUGACACGAUCACCAACGUUCAGCACUUUCGCUCCCAGAGGUCCAGUUGCUGCAACAAACAUUAGUGUACCGCGUGGAACAACUACAUUGCCAAUACGGGCGCCCACUCCACCGUCGAAUGUGUCCAAUAUUACAUCGACAUUCAAUCGAGGUGUUGCUCCGCCACGCACUCCAUCACCAGCCGGAACCAUAAUAUCUUCGGGUACAACGACUUGGAUGACUGGAGCGCAACCAGUUCCAUUAAUUCGUGCCAAUAUUAAUCAAUCGCCAAGGGCACGACUCGUUGCACAACCCAUUCCUGCUAGUGUAAAUGUCAGCAGCUCGGGCAUAACGACCAUAUCGGCUAAUAUUGUGUCGCAACAAAAUCAAGUUGCCGCAGUUACAACUGGUCAGCCAACAUUCGUAGCAACGGUGCUUCCGCCACGUCCACAAACGGCAACGUUAGUGUACAGCAAUUCACAGCAACAAUUUACAUCGACGCAACGUCUGGCAGUAACUACUCCAAUAACUGGCCAACGACAGGUACGACCCAUCCAAUUAACAAACACUCGGCUUCCAACUCAAGGCAUUAAUGUGAGAGUAAGCACAGCCAACAUAGCCAACAUUCGAGGCCCUAACAUUCCAGUUUUGGCUCCGACGAGUGUCCUAUCGUCGCUACCAAAUACUGUACAAGGACGACCAGCCACAUUGUCAACAUCGAAUAUUUCGAGCACUUUGCCGGCAACUCGUAUCAUUCAGGUGCAACAACAGCCGCAAACUGGUGGUCCCCAAGUGAUCAGUACCAGGCAAAUAGCCGCCGCCAAUUUAAUGACUCUUCAUCCAGUGAUUAUGAACACAGCAACUGGCACUGGUACGGGUAGAGUUUCAUCGACAACGAAGGUACAGCCAUCAUUAACAAUAACCCAUGUCGGCAAACUACCAGCAAGUAAUACACAGCAAACAAAUCUCGCUUUGGCCACCAAUAUUUCGCAAGGAGCUACUCUCACAUCAGGCAAUUUGAAUCAACAAAUUACCCAUCAAUCGACAUCGUCGACCCCGAUCGGAAUUGUUACAAGCACAAAUCCAAUAAAUCAGGGCCAGCAACAGCAUCAAAUUGCUCAAAUUGUUGGUAUCAAUCAACAGGGCGGCAGUCAUCAAAUUCAAAUAAUUGGCAGCCAAAACGUUCCAGCCUCUGCAACCGUCGUACCACUAACGAUAACAUCCCGUGGAUCGAAUGCAUUUACCGCAUCGGUAACAACGAUUCCGUCAUCGUCGGUUUCGCAGAUCAUGCGAGGAAACGUAAAUGUUAUGUCCACCAACAAUGCAUCAACGACGGUACCAAUAGCAAAAGUGGUACCACAGCAGCAACCGUCUGCCAAUGAUGGUCAUCACCAGACGACUGUUUCCGUGAAUUCCGGCCAAACGCAAAACGUUUUCAUUCACGCCAGAUCGACGAACCCAAUCGUUUCGAAUGCAUCGACCGGAAACACAUUGCCAGCCAAUGCAUCGUUUCUGCAAGCCGGCGGAACAUUUUAUUAUGAGCCCAGUUCGACCGGCAGUGGCAUUAGUAAUGUGCUAACAUUGGCCACAUCGACUGUAACCAGCAACUUAAAUCAAACGCAAAGUCAAAGUACUUCAAUAGCACCAGCCAAUCCAUCUUGCGGCUUGGUGACAUCGGUAUCAUAUACACCGCAGGCCAGUUCCUUCGCUGUCGUUCCAUCAUCCAAUCGAAAUAUUGGCCAACUGCAAGGUGCUCCUCUGUCUAGUGGCCAACAAAACAGUCAAAUCCAGGCUGUUCGAUUCAAUCCACAAUUAAUCGUCGACAACAGUCAAAACAGUUCGGGCGUCACUCAUCAGAUUAUCACCAUGCAACAAGUGCAUACAGCCAAUAGUCAAAAUCAAGUGCCAGUUCAACAAUCCACCCAACAAUCACAGCCAUCACAACAGACACAUGUACAAAUUCCAAUCACAUCAAAGACACCAGUGCAAUCGCCACGUGCAAGCAUCCUGCGAAAACGUGACAGUGAAGGAAUUCUGUCUGUUCUACCAAUUAGUGCGCAAAUCAUCAAAUCGGUAGCCAAAAAUCUGGCACCAGCUCUGAUGCAAAUGAGUACGAUCACCGACAAAGAUCGCGAGCGAGUGCCGUCUCCUCAUUCUCGUCCUGGCUCAUCGGAAGGCUCGACUACUGUGAGUGCUACAUCUAGUCCGAACUGCGAUCAACAGGAGAUGGAAGAGAAUCGAGAAAUGCUUAAGCGAAGCAAUAUUCGCGGCACUGAAUUAACAUUUAAAGCUGUCGACGACAUGUAUCCAACGGUUCAACCGCCCCAUAUGUUCCAGCAACAGAAUUCCACCAGCAGCAGCAGUAAUGGAAUUGAAGAAGCGUCACCGAAAAAGAAGCCUAGAAAACAGCAAUUGCGUAACGACAAUAAAACGACUUCCAAGAAUUAUAUGCCAGCCCAGUUGGACAAUAACACCGUGUCCAUUGCUGCAGAAAUCAGUAAACAGCAUCACAUUCGAAGCAAUAAAGAGAAUUCAAAACCAGCCGACAUUUACAUUAAGAAACCGCGAACCUGCACUUUGUUGGACGGUUACAAGCAAAAUUGGAAAGCGGCCACCAAUCAUUUUCAACGGUAUUCCGACGUGAAACCACGCGAAGAACGUCGCCCAUCGGUCAUGGAUUUGGCCAAUCAAGCGAAUGUAUCACAAACCGUUAACGGAUGGAAAAUAUUCCAUUUGACCGCUCAAAUGGAAGACUUGUGUGACCUCGAAUCUCAGGUGUACAGCAAACUCUCUACGAUGUUGCAAUGCAUGGAAGCGCACAAUCAAAGCGUUGAUGUCGAUCGAGUGAAUGAUCUCAUUAAGGGUAACAUGCAACGCAGUAAAAUCGUCACGGACGGCAUUACCGAUGCCCGUUCGCAAAUAUUGAAGAUAUUCGAUCACAAGACUCCCGUUUCGGAUAUAAUCAGUCGAUGUGCAUCGAAGCGAAACUUCAAAAAGCGUGAGAAAACGAUUUAAGCAGCUGAAUUUUGAAUUCACAGCCGACAGUUAAAUUCUUUUAAGUUAAAUUUUUUUUUUUUGAAUUUUUUGGAUUAUUUAAAUGGGGAGUAUGGCCCAGUUCGUAGUAUGGACCAGUGAGAGUAAAGAAUGUCGGAAAUAAUUUUUUCUUUGUGAUAUGAAAUGCCGUUCGUACAAAUCAAACUAGGUACUCUUUGUAUCCAUUCAAUGAAAUGCAAAAAACAAAAAUUCUACCAAAUUACCAACUUGCGUAUGACGAGAAAUUGUACUCUGUUUUCUCACUAAAAAACAAACAGAAAAUUAUUUUCCUUUUCAUUUUAUAAAUUUCAUUUCAUUUUUCGUUAUCAAUUUAUUCAAAUUUCGUGGUAACUUAAGCUAAGGCAUUUUUUUUUCUUUUUGUGGAAUAUUUUGAUUGUAAAGCAAAAUCGUUGACUUAAAUGCAAACAAAAUGUGUAGUCAAGUAAGUUAUUAAAUCGAGAAUAAGCAAAUGAAAUCAAUAUAUAUUUUAUCGUUGAUGGGGGUUAUCCAUUCAGGAGGGACAAACAUGGAAAAAAGGACAAGAAUAAAAUCAAAUAAUUUUUGUUGUUGUAUAAAAUAAAGAAAUCUAUUCUAUCCACACAGCUUUCGCUAUGAAAAUCUUCUGAUGUGUCAUAUACAAAUAGUGAAAAAAAA